GCGGGAGCAGCCCCCCGCCGAGAGGGGGAAGGAACAGGACCCCACAGAGGCGAAAGCGAGCGAAGAGGAGGAGGAGGAGGAGGGAGCAACCUACCAUCUUCCACUCCCCGCUUAGCUUAAAGAAAGUGCGAGGAGAGAGAGAGGCGCCCAGAAGAGGCGCCCGGAGCAGCGGCGGCGCCGGCGCCCUCCCCUAUGAAGAAGAGCCCUCCCCCUCGCAGCGAGGUCCUGCCAGGGGGACCCCGGCCGGCCCGCAGCCGCACCGCCGCCACCAGGGAGGAGCUGAAGGGAAUAGCUUUCUUAAGACAGCAUUGGUGUUGAAGAGGAAACCAGAAACUAAAGGCACUGGAAUCGGCAAAGACACUUCUUGAGAAAGUGGAGAAGGUAGAGAAUGGAGCUGCAGACUCUACAGGAAGCUUUGAAAGUGGAAAUUCAGGUUCACCAGAAAUUGGUUGCCCAAAUGAAGCAAGAUCCACAGAACGCUGAUUUGAAGAAACAGCUUCAUGAACUUCAAGCCAAAAUCACAGCUCUGAGUGAGAAACAGAAAAGAGUGGUGGAACAGCUUCGAAAGAAUUUGAUAGUGAAGCAGGAACAGCCAGACAGUAAGUUUCAAAUACAGCCAUUGUCACAGUCAGAAAACAAACUACAGACACCACAGCCACAACCACUACAACAGCUACAGCAACAUCACCAUCAACAGCAGCAGCAGUCUACUGCACCCUCUCCAAACGUGAUUGGAUCACAGAAAACUGUAACUACGGCUUCUAUGAUCACCACUAAGACACUACCUCUCGUCUUGAAAGCAGCAACUGCGACCAUGCCUGCCUCUGUUGUGGGUCAGAGACCUACCAUUGCCAUGGUUACUGCUAUCAACAACAAUCAGAAAGCAGUCCUCAGCACUGAUGCGCAGAAUGCGCCAGUCAACCUCCAGACAACAAAUAAGGUCACUGGGCCAGGAGCUGAGGCAGUCCAAAUAGUGGCAAAAAACACAGUAACUUUGGUUCAGGCUACACCUCAGCCCAUAAAAGUGCCGCAGUUCAUCCCUCCUCCCAGACUUACUCCUCGUCCAAAUUUUCUUCCACAGGUUCGACCUAAACCAGUUGCCCAAAAUAACAUUCCUAUUGCCCCAGCACCUCCUCCAAUGCUUGCAGCUCCUCAGCUUAUUCAGAGGCCUGUGAUGUUGACAACAAAGUUCACACCCACCUCUUUACCCAACUCUCAGAACUCCAUACAUCCAGUUCGUGUAGUUAAUGGGCAGACAGCAACCAUAGCCAAAACUUUCCCUAUGGCACAGCUCACCAGCAUCGUGAUAGCAGCACCGGGUACCAGGCUCGCUGGACCUCAGACUGUACAGAUCAGCAAACCAAACAUUGAAAAACAGACUAUUAAACCACAUGUGGAAGCAGAAGAGAAGCAAACAGAAAGUCGUACAGUUACACCACCUGCUGCACCGAAGCCAAAACGAGAAGAAAAUCCACAGAAACUUGCCUUCAUGGUGUCUCUGGGACUAGUUACUCACGACCAUCUGGAAGAAAUCCAAAGUAAGCGACAAGAGAGGAAAAGAAGAACAACAGCAAAUCCAGUGUACAGUGGAGCUGUUUUUGAGCCUGAGCGCAAGAAGAGUGCGGUCACGUACCUGAACAGCACAAUGCAUCCCGGGACACGUAAAAGAGGUCGUCCACCUAAAUACAACACGGUGCUGGGGUUCGGGGCUUUGACCCCCACGUCCCCUCUGUCCAGUUAUCCUGACUCCCCUGAAAAUGAAAAGACAGAGACCACAUUUACUUUUCCCGCAGCUGUUCAGCCUGUGUCCCUGCCUAGCCCCAGCUCCACAGACGGUGAUAUCCAUGAGGAUUUUUGCAGUGUUUGCAGAAAAAGUGGGCAGUUGCUGAUGUGUGACACAUGUUCCCGUGUUUAUCACCUGGACUGCCUGGACCCACCUCUGAAAACCAUUCCCAAGGGCAUGUGGAUCUGUCCCAAAUGUCAAGACCAGAUGCUAAAGAAGGAAGAAGCAAUCCCGUGGCCAGGAACUUUAGCAAUUGUUCAUUCAUAUAUUGCGUAUAAAGCAGCAAAAGAAGAGGAAAAACAGAAACUACUUAAAUGGAGUUCAGAUUUAAAACAGGAAAGAGAACAACUAGAGCAGAAGGUCAAACAGCUCAGCAAUUCUAUAACAAAAUGCAUGGAAAUGAAGAAUACUAUCCUUGCAAAACAGAAGGAGAUGCACAGCUCCUUGGAGAAGGUAAAACAGCUGAUCCGCCUCAUCCAAGGCAUCGACCUUUCAAAACCCAUAAACUCUGAGGUCAAUUCAGUAGCCAUCUCCAAUGGCAUGGACUCCACUAACAAUACUAAUGCUGCCACCUCCACCUUAGCCCACUCCCCUUCCCAGAGCUGCAUGGUGAACUGUAACAAGGGCGAUGAGACUAAAUAACACAGUGAAGUUAAGAAGGAGCCAAGGGAGGUGGCGGCGAGGAGGAAGAGCAAAAUAAUGAAACUCUAGAAAAGCAAAACCGGAUUUCUUCUGGAAAGUGCAGAAUUCUUUAGUUCUUUGGUUCCAGAGAGAGCGUGAAGAUGCUUGUGCCAGGCGGCACCGGAGUUUGCCAAUUGAUCCUUCUUAUUCUGUGUGUACAUGCAAAGUUUGGAUCAUAAUACAUGAAUAGUGCCAGCUGGGGGUUCUUUGCCAGCACCAUGCCAAGUGAAAUAAUAUAUUUACUCUCUCUAUAUUUUACACCAGUGUGUGCCUGCAGCAGCCUCCACAGCCACUAUAGGUUUGUUUUAUUUUUGUUUGGGAUGAGGAGCAGGGAUGAGGGAGGAGAGCAGGUUUCAAAUCCUUAUUUGCAGAACAGUUUGUUUAGCUAGGGGAAAACAAAAAUAAGUCCAAAGAGCCUGUGGGCUUUUCCUGUUUCUAAACUCUCAGUACUAUUAAACCAAAAAAACAGAAAUAUAAAUUAUCAAAUCCCAGUGCCCAGAAGGGACAAGUCUAUCAAAUAAGCAGUAUUUACUAUUGUUUAGACAGGAGAUAUACAAAAGGAAAGGAGAUGGACUUUUCACUGAGUAACCAGCACAUGUACAGGCUGAGGAUCCACUGUCCCUACAGCUUUGGGUUAACCCUAUUUCUCCACAUUAAACGAUAGACAUUCUUCACAGGAUUGGUUUGGGUCUUCACACUCAUCCAGAAAGCCUAUGUUGGGAAUGGGAAAAUAGAUGGCCAGAAUCCAGGGUCAACUUGGAGCAUUGGACGGAGCUGUCCCAAGAGAAAAUGUGCAUUGAUUACUUGAAAAUGAUAUUCCAACCCUUUUCUAUAUUUAUAAACAGCAAAGGUAUCCUGAACAACAUAGCACAUGACCCAGAUGUGUGAACUGAACAGAGAAAUGUCCUUUUCUUUCACUUCCUUUCUCUUCUUUUGGUAACAAGAACUAAAUAAGGAAUAGAAAAGCUGUUUUUCAGGCUGACAGUCUAAUUAAAGAGGUAGAUGGGACCUUGCAUGGUAUAGAUUAGAAGUAAUAGUGUCAGUGAGAUACAGUGAGUCUUUGUGAGUCCUUGUGUCAUCGUUUUGGGCACUGUUUUUUUAUGCAAGGGCAAAAUCUUUGUAUCUGGGGGAAAAAAAACAACUUUUUUAAAUUAAAAAGGAAAAUAAAAGAUAUUGAGGUCUUCCUAGUGUUACUUAAAAUAAGAUCAAGGUAAGAAACAUUGUAAAAAAAAAAAUACAAAAGUGCUAUUUGUUUCCUAAACAAGUGAUUUCUAUUAAAAAGGUGUCAGAACUGGAGAAAAUGCUGUGUACUUAGAGUUUUUUAACAUAGACUUUGCUUAUUUAUGAUGACAUUCUGCUGUGUUUGUGUUUUAAAAUCCAAUGGGACAGUUUCCAUAGAGUAUAUCAUACAUGCUACUGGCUAAACUCUGAAGUGAAUCACAUCCUGCAGUGCUGAAUCUCCCUUCUCCUGGAGGAUCUGCCAGGCUUAUCCCUGCUGUUACCCUAUCUCCCGCGUUCUUUCAUGUGUUUGUAACCCAGAGAAAUGCAGUUGGCAGUGCGCUUGUUUGAGGCUUUUAUGGUUUUGUGAUAUGGACUGAUUAGAACUUGAGAAUGAAAGAUAGUGAGUUGGUUGAACUGAAAUCACCUUCUGUUAUAUCCUCUUGUUUAAGAAGUUCAUCCUGUAUCUUUUCACUCUAGGCAGCAAAGCUUGCCUUGUGCUUCCUGUUACUGGGGAUCUGUCUCAGUUGACAAUACUCAUUCUGGUUGCUUAGGGUUGUGUCCCAGAGAUGCCUAGUUUCACCACUGCAUAUAUACGUUUGAGCAAACCCUGUUUCCACUGGAAGCACUGGGAAAACUCCCUUUGCUUCCAGUGGGAGCAGAGUUGAGCCACUACACACACAAUGUGAGGCAGAGUCCCUGAUGUGGUGCCCUUGAGAGCAUGCAUUGGGUGGUGAGGCAGACUUGCUCAGCUGUUUCUAGUGGAAGAUAGAAAAGCUUUGGAUUUCAAGAAUGCAUUUCUGAGCAAGAAGUGAAUACUCUAGACACUACAUAGCCUGAGAGAAUCUCUUUGCUGCCAUAGCCAAGUAUGCUUCUGUGGGAUUCUUGGAGCUGUUUUCUUCCCUCUCCUUUAGGUUGCCCUUCUGCCCUUUAAGGACUUUUCUUCCUUCUGUCAGUGUGCACUAUUUUCAGCUCUGAGCUCAGAAAUGAUAUCCCCAGUUCUCAUGUCUGUCUGUACUUGGGAAAGUGACUCUUAUGUGCACUUCUCAGCUAAACCUGUGAUAAACUUGACUCUGCCUUUUGAUGUUUGAGUUCUUUUCUGGAACUAGCAGAGCUGGAAGGACAAGUUAGCACAAGUGGCAGGGACACAGCUGGGCAGAUGACAUAAAAACUGAUCGAACUAACAGUGCCCUUGUAUCAGCCCAGUUACCAACGGGGUCAUAACCAUAGGGCAACACCAGGCCAGCAGCGCAGAGCAUUUAAACAAAGAUCUGUGUAUUUCAAGAGAUGAUAAAACAAACUGAACGUGAGCAUUCUUUCUUUAGAGUAUGAGCCAGCAACUAACGGCCAGAUACUCAGGAGAGACUGCCUUUUAGGCCAGGUUGUUCUCUAGUUGGCCACUUGGGUAAUUCUUAACAUCACCUUCUGCAGCAUCCAGUACGUUCCUGUUAAAGAGACAGUCUCUAGGGAUAGGUAUGCUUAGUCACCAUGAUUUGAUGUUCUUAUUUCUGGUGUUUUCUUCUGAGCUCUCUUGGAAGCACUGCACUAUUUGGGGAUAGCAAGCUGUGCCUGAAGACUUGAUAGUCCUGUUUUCUUUGCCUAUUCAGGGGUGGAUGGAAGUGAAAUUCACUGGUAGCUGUUUCUAAAUUUGAGCGCGGUUAACCAGCCAGGAGAUGUUAAAACAGCUACUACUGCUUUUCUGAGCAUCUGCUUGUCUGCAGAACGUGACUGGAUAAGUGUAGACUCUUAUGUCCGUUUUCUUACAGUAUUUGUGUCCCAAACUGUAAAAGGACACCUUCAGUUAAUCAUUACCUGGCAGAGAAAUUAUCGUAACUCAGACUUUUCAAUGCUGCUAGGUAGUUGCCUUUCCCUCUCAUUGAUCCUGCUUGGAUGCUUUUCUUCCUGGCUCUGCAGCAUUAUCUGUCAAGAGGCAAGGAGCAUUCCCAGGGCUGCGCUGACACUGGCAAUGAUGCUGCUAUAUGGACACAAGUAAAUUACAGUUACAGUUAGUAACUGUAGGAUGGAAGGGGAAUUUGCAUUGGCUAAAUACAGAGUAAAGUGGUUUCCUUUCUAACUGCUUUAAGAGGUUCCAGUCAAGGGAGAAAUUGAAACUCUGACUGCUUAAAGCUCAAGCUUGCCUUCUGGAUUGGGAUUGGUUUAGGUUUUUUUCUCACAUAGUAUUUGAGGUAAAGUGAGUUUGUACUAAAACUUCUGCUGUCUGGAAAGCUGUAAUGACUGGCAUUUUGUAUUUCUAAACCCACUAUCAAGAUAGUAACCAGUUCUUACGUCAUUGCUUUUCAUUGGUGGGAAAUAAGUGGCUUUUAAAUCUCCUAUAAAGGAAGAGGUGAGACCACAGAGGAAGCCCAUAUCAGAGAUGUUUCUCAGCCUAGUUCUAAGGGCUUUAAGAUACCACCCUGCUCUUUGCUCAGAAAUAGAGUAUGCAUUGAAGAAGUAGUUCUUUCCCUUCUCCUUGCAAUCUGUUCUUUAAACAGCUGGACGGGAGUGUUGUGAUCAGAGUGGGAGGGUAAGCAUGUGACCUGGCUAGGAGAAUUAGUAUUAUCAUUAGUAUUCUCAUUAUCUUCAUUUAGAGACAGCAGUGGGUUUAGGGCUGUACAAAGCACGGUGAAGGCAAUACUUCUAGGGAUGAUUGGCAGGCAGGGUGAGUAGCAUGGAUGUUUCUUCAAGGACAUAGUUAGCUGGGAGUUACCAUGGUGGUGGAGUGAAGUAAUGGUUUGCAUGAGCAAAACAAGGACCUUGUUCUUUGUUGCACACAAGUUUUGAUCAGUGGGGAUAUGUAUUAAAAGCUGCUAACUUAGAAAUUUAAGAGGUGAUAAUUUUAUGGGCAGGUCUGUUGGUUUUGUUGUUGGUAGGAAAAACAAUGUAGUAUUUCAUCCUUCCUAGCUGAUGGGCUUAAGAAAGCAAAUCUAUCUUCCAGCUGUCUAGAAAUGUGUACCCUAAUUCUGACCACCGUGGCUUCCAAUCAUCUUCUUCCUCACGCAGUUGCAGAGACAGCCCUAAAAGCAGCCACGGUCAGUGUUCUGGAGGACCCAGAGUGAAAUCUCAGUCUUGGCCCCACCAGGCUGUGGCACCCCACAGGACAGGGAGUAAAUUCUGGUAUUUCAUUCCCAUGUGGAUGUAGUGGAAAACACUUGUGAAUUAGCAGUGCACAUAUUUCUCUUUCUUUUUUUCUCCAGCUGGGUUGCAUCCUUCCCUCUUUGUUUCUGAAGCACUAAUGAUGAAUACAUGUUUUUUAAUGAAACUUGUUUUUAAAAUAUCAUAUUCAGAUGUCAAACCAAAAUUCACACUUUUACUGGGAGCCUCUUUCAGUGAGCUGCUUGGAUAACCAUCCAAGUACUGAUGCUACACUUCUUGUGGAUCAUGCCUCUUCGGGCAGAAUUUGUUGUGUCUUUUCAAAGCUGUUUUGACCUUCACCUCUGUUUGUGAUUCUGAAGAUCCAGGGCAAGUUCAGCCUUGCUGGAUUGCUGAAGAGAGUUUUUUAGCUGGUGUGUAGAAACUCUUCAGGAGACUCAGGAGCCUGGAGAAAGAGGAAGAUGUUUUGUCAUGCAGCUAUUUCAUUUGGCGCUUAGGCUUGCCUGGCCAACAAACUACCUCAGCAAAGGCCAUUCCCAAGCGCUAUGUGGAUUCUGUAGUUUCUGGCAUUCAGAAGGCAAAAGAUCUUCAAAGAACCCUUCCAACAGCCAGCUAGGUACUGAUCUCUGGGGGAACGUGGUCAUACCUGGACCAGGGAAUUCUCUGAAAAUCAGGUGGGAUCAGGAAAACACAAGAGCUGUAGACAUCUUGUCUCCAGAUUAUUGCCGUCUUACUCAGAUCCUUCCUUAAGCCUCAGUCCUGGUUGUAACAGCUACAGAAUGGAAUGUAAUACUUGAAAACUAUGACUCUCUCUCUAUCCUUUACCUUUAGCUACCAUUUCCCCCAUGUUUAUCUUUUAUCUGGGACAAGAACUUUCUGCAUCAUUGUGUCUUGUAUAGGCUGAGCACAUAGUUGAAACUUGCCAAUAAAGAAAAUUAUUUAUACCAUGCACUGGUAAGCUUGGUAAUUAUAGAGCCAUGAAAAGACAAAUGCCUCUCCUAGAGAUUAAUAUAGGAUGUGGUCUUGUUUCAGAAAGCCAAGUCCUUACCUGUGUGAGGAUCUGUUUGUAUCCCAUGUCAGUAUUACUAAACUACCUGAGCAGUGAAUGAAAACAGACUCGCCAAGAGCGUUGGUGCUGUGGAGGUGGCUGUGCUGCUGGAGUCUGUUGUUUGAGAACAGAUGGGCCAGGGCAUCUCCUCUCCCCUGGCCAGAGGUGAGUGCUGCAGGGACAAAGGAAAGGACAAAAGCCCCUUGAGAAGCAAGGGCAGUGAGAAAGGUGUACAGGGCUGGAGGCAGAUGAGAGGAAGGAGGGAAGCAGGAGAAGCAAAAGAAAGGAGGAUUAGGUGGGGUACAGCAGAGCAGAGAGAAGAAAUGGAAAGAGAUGAGAAGGAGAGAAAGGCUGGGAAAAAUCCAGGAGUGGAACAGGGCUCUGUUGUGAGGAGAUGGGUAUCCUUGCAGUUACAGAGUUUGAAAGUACAAUGGGAAGACUAAAAGGCUCUUUAUCCUACCUCGAUUUCUGACUUGGGUUGAUCUGUAUUCCAAAAGGACCGAGUGUGGUGGGAGAAAAGAGCUUCUGAGCUGCAGAUGGGGAAGGAAGUGGGCACUAAGUCAACCCUAGCUGUGUUUCUGCUGCCGAGUCAUCCUAUCCUGACCAGAGCCUUAUUUGACUUCUGUGCUACAGUGUGGGACAAGACACAUCAAGUAGACCUUUAGGCAGCCAGAGCCUACUCUAAUCUGGACUGAAUUAAAACCUUCCCUGGCUAGAGAUAGUCCUGGGACUGACCAAAGGUUCAGCUCACCAGUGUGCACCUUCCUACUUCUAGUGUCAUGAUCAGCCUAGUCAAAACCACUAUCAGCUUCCAGAGGUCCUGGUCCUGAGUGAGUGGAGGAGAUUGUGCCAGGCAGGACCUGUGAUUCAGGUACUUCUCAGCUGUCUCUUAGAGUAUGUAUGCAAGGUUCUUGUUCUCUGGGCCAUCACAUCUGGCAGUUCUGUGCCAAAACUCACCUGUGCAGCGAUGCCUCCCUAUUUUCUUAGGAUCUGGUUUAUUUAGGGACAUGUAUAGAAAGGCAGUUCACCAAAGAGCUAGACACGGCCACAUGUAAUUUUAACAUAACCCUUCAGGAGCGGAGCACCUGCAUCCAGGCUACAGGAAGGAACAGCCCAUGGGUCACCCUCCUGGGAGAAUGGCUGUCCCAGCUCUGCUGCACUAGCAGGGAGUAAGCUCUGUUUCUGUUCUCCUUUGCUCUGUAAUAUCCAAGCAGGUGUCAACUGCUUCAGACACAAACUAAGCCCAGGCCCCUUCUAGGCAGGAGGAAGUACUGAAAGGCCUCUACUAUUCAGAGUGUCUGGGGAACUCAAAAACCUCGUAAGCUUUCCUCUGUCCUGGGUGGGGAGGUGGCAUGGAAAGGCAGCAGCAGCAGUGAGCAGUGUCAGUCUGCUGGCGGUUGCAGAGUUUUCACACCUGGGGCAUUCGCAUCUUUCUUCUUUUCCCAAAAUUUACAGUGGCAAAUAUAAGACCUUGACCAAUUCCUGCCCUUUUGCUGCCUACCUGCUUUUAUCUGUGUUGUUGGGAAAGAAGUGAAAUGGUGUUGCCUUUGAGCUUCGAGAAAGCCCUUUUCUUAGUGAGCAACCAAAACAGCCUUGGGAUUGAAGCUCAGGCAGGGAAGGGAGGCAGCGGCUUACGCAGGUCCAGCGCUGGCACAGGCCAGCUCCCAGGGCUGUGUGCAGCAGCCGCCCUGGGUUUUGGAUCCCCAGGGCUGUGGGUUGAUACUGCAGCAGCACUGGGAAGAUGCUGUGCCCAAGCAAGCAAGGGCAGGGGCUCCCCUUGCUCCUUAUCCAGACCUAUCAGGCAGGGCUUGCCAAAACUGAGGCGGGGAGGGUGCUUAUUUAGAAAAGAAAGGAAGAAUCCCUCUGUGCCUCAUGUUCCCCUCUGUAAAGCGUGUACCAGCAGUUCUGACACUGCAAGAGCUGUUUUUCUUGGGCUGCAGGCACUGGGAGCAGGCACUGUUGAAAGAAAAGGUACGGUCGUGCUCCAUGCUGGAUGCGGCAAGAGGCUGCGUGUUUCUGCUUGUUCUGGGCUAAUGUGUGAUUUCUAAUCAUAGUCUCAUAUGUUUCUUUACUGUAAUUAUCACUGGCAUCAAAACAGUGAUUGACUCUGGAGCCAGGAGUAGCAGCAUAUCCAUCAGCUCUGCCUUCCAGAAGGUACGUUGUCUCCACCUCAUUCCUGAUGCCAUGUGUAACAGGCAGCCAGAGCCCUCCUUAAGGAGAGGGUUUGGUACCACAUAAGCCCCUGAGACUCAGACAGCUCCACACAACCAGAGCCAACAGGCAGCCAUGCCCCAUGGGCUGCUUCACUCCAGUCACAGCUGCAGGGCCCUCCCCAGGCACCCUCUUACACUGGCAGAGGCGUCUUGGCCGCCUCUCAUAGUCCCUCAGUAGCAAAGCAUGGGUUGCAAUCUCCGUUAAGCAAGGACUAAGCAAGGCAAGCCGGAGGAAGACAGCUAGUGCCCAGCGGAUCAGGCUCCUGCAGAAGAAGGCAACAACUUUGCUGCAUCAACAGUAGUGGAGCCUGUGGUGCAGAGAAGUGGUGGGGAGCUGCUGUUUGCUUGGGAGUGGCUGGUGCCACAGUGGGGUUGCUUCCCAUGUGGUGGUUUGUCUUUUGGGGCCUAAGUGGCUCUAAUCUGCAGCCACCCACUGCGCUGGCCACAGCCAAAGGCAGGCAGGUCAUGAAGGCAGCUCUGCUUGUAUAGAGAGAAUACUCAGGCCAAGAUCAUGGCUUCACAUUCCUCCCAUCAUGCCGGCACCAUCUCCGUACACUUCUUGAUAGCAAACCCUGCCUAUGUGCUGUGCUCUGUCCCAUCCCCCACACCAUUUCACCAAGCUGUAAAGCGGGAGUGCUGGCCUGGGGUCGGAGCAUGGGCUGAUGCUGAUGGGUGCUGUGGCUGAGCCCUGGGCCCUGCCCAUCUUCUCCAGGUGCUUUUGGUGAACAGCCCCCAGUUCUGGCGGCACAGCCCCCACCGCAGCCACGGUGCUGUGAGGGAUGGUGGCAGCUUCUCUCCUGGCUGGGUUUCUGCACAGCGAAGCUAUGGUUCUGCCCUCUGUUAGCUGGUGCCGCCUGUGCUGCCCCUCUCCCCACCAGUUUUGCAUCCUCGCAGGCCCUGGUGUAAAAUGCCCUUUCUGACUGGUACCACACUGUUGUCACAGAAUCACAUCAUGAGAACACUGACUCAAGAGAUGAUUUGGGUUUUCUAAAUAUCUCUGGUUUUUUUAGCCUGAUGCUCAUAGUGAUCUGCAGUCUCUUUGCUGCCUUCAAGUCCCUUGUGGUGUCAGUUUGGGUACAAAUGUGUUUAGAUUUUAGCAAAUUAAAGCUGGGGGAGGGGGAGUUACAGAGCAUCUGAUCAAUUUGUAUUUAUUUAUUUUAACAUUUUACUAAAUAAAACACAAUAAAACUUCUCGUCUCCUUAGCUGCAUGUACCAGGUGGGGACAGUGGGUCCCACGGGCCCAGGGGAUGGCACGGUGCCUGGGUGCCAUCUCCGAAGGAAGGCCCUGGCCCCAGGGGGUGUUUCUGAGCGUGGAUCUGCACGAUGGCUCUGGUGUGCUCCAGCUCAAGGCUUGCUUUCUUGGCAGGGAGAAGAUGAGUAGAGAUGAGUUUUAGCUCUAAACCACACUGUGCACGUUAAGAAUAAUCUCAGCAGGCUUCUCCUCAGUCGUUGCCUCCGGCUGAUGACGCCCGGCAGAGGGCACACGGAGACCAAACCUGAGCUGACUUUACUCCAGGUCUUGGAAGCGUUGUCGGCAGGUUUUGGGGGCUAAGGACUGCCCAGGAUUGGAAGGAUUAUCUGAAAAUGACCGCACAGAGUCCUUCUGCUGUAGGGACGGCACUAUAGAGGCCGAAAAACCUGCUGAGCCAGCAUUGCUGUAGCCAUCUAAUCCUAAAAGAAAUGCCCACAAGUGGCCUACUCCAUCCCAACGCUGCUCCACCACCCCGUCUCUAGCAGCGAGCAGGCUAAACCGGUCUUGUUGCACAGCGUGGCAGCAGAGCGAUAUCAGCAAGCGUUGGCUGUAUUAAACAAAAGCUGUCUGCAAGAGACGUGUCGGGUGGAGCUGUGCCUGGCUUCAGGGGCACCAGCAACGUCUUUCCAGCCCUUUCCCAAAUAAAGCCUCAACAGCUUGUUCCUGGCACACCAGCCUUGUCCUCCCCACCUCCACAGAUGCACGGCUGGCACCAUUGCGGCCUCAGAGCCAGCUUUCAUUCCCAAGACUUGUAAUGCCAGUGAUAUACGUGGGGGGAGAGCCCCACUCAGUCCCAGUGCCUGUGUCACGACCAGAGCUGUCUGUCUGUUCUCCUCGGUGGGUGAGGGGAAGAUCCUGGGGGUGCAGCAGCCAGCUCAGCACACUGGCCUCAACACCGAGCCACAGCACAGCCAGAAGAAAUAACUUCUCUUCUACUUGGGUGUGACUAAGCUGAUUCCAUGCCUAAGCCAUGAAGCCCCAGGCUCCGUUUAAAGGGUGCUGGCUGUGCAGGCAGGCUGCGCCACCACCCAGGCUGCCAGCCCGGCUGCAACACUGGGAAACGCAGACUUCCUCCGGCUGCAGCCAGAGCUGGCAGGGAACAGUGUGCCUACUACUUGACAACACAGGCAUUACUUUCACCUGUGGUCGCUCCCUGCUCCCCAUCCCUCCCACUGUGUCAGCCCCAAAGGGAAAAAGCUUCAAAUGCACCAGGCAGAGCAAGCCCAGUG